GAGGGUACAUUGUUUAAAGCAUGGAGAUGUUCCACUCACGUUCCUUGCGAAUUGCUUGUCGCCUGUGAGACCCGAGCACGAGUGAAGUUGGACGUUCUGGAAUAUUUCGAGGGCACUCGGUGCCGCAAACUUCGACCUACUACACUACGGCCUGAACCGAACUCAUUUGAUUUCAACGAGACUUCUGGAGCAGACAGACGGGACUAUGGGAUGGGUGCGAAACGCGUCGCCCGAGGUUGAGGCCAUCUCACAGUGGCCUCUGAUCAUCGGGCUAUGUGUGGCUUUGUCGUUCAUGUCCAUCACCGUUGUGUCAUCAAGGUUGUUUAUUCGUCACAAGGCGCGCGGGCUCGCGGCGGACGAUUACUUUGCUGGGCUUUCAAUGUUGUUCGCCUUGGUCUACUCCAUCUUGACUGUGGUUCAAACUCGGUACGGCUUGGGGCUGCCAGUUCUCCUUCGACCAAAAGCCAAUCUUGUCACCUAUACCAGAGUCAAUUUCGCAGGACGGCCUUUUUACCAACUCGGCAUCAGCUUCUUCAAAAUUGCUCUGCUGAUAAGUUACCUUCGCCUUCUCCAAGGCACAGACCACAAAACAUAUCGUAAAGUGGUCUGGGCCAUCAUAGGAUUUGUAUUCUGCAGCCACUUAGGAUGCACCCUCGCACUCAUCUUUGCUUGUGAUCCGGUUGACAAGUCAUGGAAUCCGCUCAAGGCAGGCGUCUGCCUCCCUCCAGGUCCUUCGUUUACGGGCUACGCCGUUGUCACAAUUGUUUCAGAUAUCAUCGUCACAUUACUACCCAUCCCGGUUUUGCUGAAGCUCAAUAUCAAGCUCGAGAAGAAGCUGGGCCUAAUUGUCGUCUUUAUCCUCGGCAUUUUCACCACCAUCUGCUCCGUCAUGAGAUAUACCCAAAUCAACCGCAUUCAGUUCGGCGAUGGCAACUCCACCAUGCUCGUUCUUUGGGGCACGAUUGAAUUUAAUGUCGGCAAUGUCGUCUCUUCGCUGCCCUUCCUAGCGCCCGUCUUUGUCAAGAAGGCCCGUGGCUACCGCUCAAAACCAACCAGCGGGUACGGCCGUUCGGGAUCGCAUGUCCUUGGAGGCAAAAGUGGCGACCGUUACAAGCUCAGCGAUGUCGGGCGCGACAAGAGCGCGUUCGUUUCGGCGAAUGAUAGGAGCAACAGCGAAGAGAACAUUCUCUCGACGCUGCCGGAGCACUCCAUUGUCAAAUCCAUGACGUAUUCUGUUCAGGUGGACGAUAACGCGGCCGCAACAUCAUCAUCCAGUAAAGCGGCGGGCCGCUUAGAUCUCUAGAUGGAGUGGAUAGAUGUGACAGGCCCUUGUUUGAGAUGGUGUAGAUCACUGUAUUUGUCCACGACUCAGGACCUCGCAUGCACGAUGAAGAUCGUUCAUUUUACGGUAGGCAUAGAAGACGAACUUGUAGAUCCUAUCA